UGUGUAUUUGGCCAGCAGAAAGAAAAAUACUUCUACCAGUUUCUAGAUCAGGUGUGAUUUAAGUCCUGCAUUUUAAGACUGAAGGUAACUGCUGAACAAUUUUCACAAGUUUUGCUUGUCCCUGCCACAGGUGAUGUCCACUUUGAUUUUGUUUAUAGAAUUAAGUAAAUGAGGGUAUUCUAACCUUGUUUUGAAACCUUAAUGCUGGCUACAGUAAACACUAUUUACUCUCAGAAAAUAUUAUCUUGUAAUGUGAUUGGUUGGAUACCUCAUAUAGGGUGUGAUAUCCUUUCCCAUUCAUUUAUCCAGAUAUUGUAAGGAUAAAACAACUUGGUCAGGAAUGAGACUGACUGUUUACCGAAACCAACAGUGUCUGCUGCUGGGUGGUAGCAGUUAGAGCCACUUAAAAAUAGUGCCUUUUAGUGGGUAGUUCAAGUUAAUUGAUCCCCUGGGGGUUCCUAGGUGCUCUCUCUAGUUCCCUAUUACCUCUACAUGUGUCCAUGCUUAAGCUAGUCGGCAUCUGCACUUAAAUUUACCCAGUUGCAAAAUGAAGCUUUUUUUAUGAUUAUGAAACAGCAAAGAUCGAGGGCUAAAAGGUUAGAGAGGGAACCAAGAGUUUUAUUUGAGACCAGCCUUUUGUGGUGGUGGACACAUUGGUUUUUGUUUCUCAGCAAUAUCCACAAAGAAAGCUAGUGAGAGUUCCCCUCUCCCCUGUCUCCUUGGAGAGGGGUAUCAUGAUUUAAAGUGAUAAAGCUCUGAAGAUUUGAGACACUUUGAGCAUGUGACUUGGAAGUGAUUGAUUCCAGAUAGUACUGGAGAAAGUUGUUGACAGUAGGUUCUUUUAUUUCCUGAUACAUCAGUAUAGACUAUGAAAGUUGAAUCAUGAUAUCUGGUUAUUUCUUUUCUCUCUUCAUAUACAGUGUUAAUGUACCGGGGUGAGGCACUAGAAGAUUUUACAGGUCCGGAUUGUCGUUUUGUGAAUUUUAAAAAAGGCGACAAUAUCUAUGUCUACUAUAAACUGGCGGGGACAUCGCCUGAAGUUUGGGCUGGAAGUGUUGGACGUAUAUUUGGAUAUUUUCCAAAGGAUUUAAUCCAGGUAGUCCAUGAAUAUACUAAAAAAGAGCUACAAAUUCCAGCAGAUGAGACCGAUUUUGUUUGCUUUGAUGGGGGAAGAGACGAUUUUGAUAACUAUAAUGUAGAAGAACUUUUAGGAUUUUUGGAAUUAUCCAAUUCUGCAACUAGAGAUUCUGAGAAAGCUAUAGAAAAAACUUCUCAGCAUGUGGAAAAACCUCCUGAAGUAACUAAAGAAAGUGACCCUGAACCUGAUUCAGUGCAAGCCACCUUGGAGGAAGGAGAAGGCAUUUUCUCAGAAAACACUAAGGAACUCAAGGAAAGACAUGAGGCUCAGAAGAACCCCCUCCAUGUACACAGCCAAAGAAAUCACCCUCAGGGAGAGCGAUCUUCACCUGAACCUUCUGAAGAAAUGCUUCAAGAUAAAUUAAACAUAUCAGACAGUGAAAACAAAACCAGCAAUAGCUCUCAGCUCUCAAACGAACAGGAGAAGACUGAUGCUUAUAAACUUUUGAAAAAAGAAAUGACCCUGGACUUGAAAACCAAAUUUGGCUCAACCGCAGAUGCACUUGUGUCUGAUGAUGAGACGACCAGACUCGUUACUUCAUUAGAAGAUGAUUUUGAUGAGGAAUUAGAUGCUGAGUACUAUGUGGUUGGGAAGGGAGAGGAGGAGGAGGGUGAAGAAAGCUUUGAUGAGCUGCCAUUACUGACCUUUACGGAUGCAGGGGAUUUGAAAAUGCCAGUGGACCCUGAAUUUGGGAAGUAUUCAACAGAUAAAGAGCAGGAUUCACGUGAGGAAGAUGAGUUGGAGGGAACUAAGCCCCUCGGCAUCAGAGAGGAUGCUAAAACUGUCCUAACAGCUUGGGAGGAUCCUGUCACAGAAGGUGAGGGACAGACAGGCGUGGAUUUCGAGACUCCUGAUUCCGUGGGAGAAAAGGAAGAUGAGGAUGGAUUAGUCCCAGACGGCAAAUGGAGGAAACCACGGUCAGCAACAGAUGAUAUUGACCCUGAAAAGGUGGAAGGUGGUCCUUUGACUGUAGAAGUUCCUAAAACAAAUAGUGACAGAAACCCAGAAAUGGACACAGAAUUUCACAUUCACGGAAAAGGGAGGACAGUUGAGGAAUCCAAAGGGGACCUGGUGCAAGGUGAGAAAGGAGUAGAGGGUGAAAGGAAAGAAGACAAGACUCUGCACGGAUCUACUCCAAGCAGUGACCUCAGCUCUUUGCCAGCUACUGAAAAGGGUAAAGAAACAUCGGGAUCAGCCUUUGAUAGCAAAGAAAAUGAUCUAAAAGGAGCAGCUGUCCAUAUCUCAAAAGGAGUGGUCCCCGAAGAGAAGCCUGGAGGGCAGAUUUCUGAAGGUGGCUCAGAGGGCGGAUGGGAACACAGAGCUGCAGGGAAUGAUGGGAAGGAAGGGACAAUCGAACAGGAAGCCGGGGGUGUUACCCCGCUCUCGAGGGACAAUCAGCAGAACGCAUCCAAAGAUGGUGUGGAGAACGGAGUGGGUGUUGCAGUAAAUGAACCAGAGCAACACACGCUUGCAGUGGAGCAUCCAAGUGAGGAAUUUAAGGAGGAACAGCAUCUUCAAACUCAAAAUCAACCUAGGCUCUCCUCUCCUGAUGAAAUGGGUUUGUCAACAGAGCUGGAAGAUGAGGGUCCCGUUCUGGGAAGAAAUGUGUCCGGACAGCAAGAAAGAAAUGUGGCUGCUGCAGUUAAUCAGCAAGUGAAGGAAAAGACAAGGCUGCCUGAGGAAGAGGUCACAGCGGACACUGUAGAUGAGGGUUUUUUUCACCCACAGCUGGGCACUCCGGAAGCAGAAACAGCAGGCCAAACUGAUGGUGCAGAGGUGCCGGGUUUCCAGACUGAGAAAGCAGAGGCAGAGGAUGGCAAUUCCACCUCCGAAGAACUGCUGGCUGAUGAAAAUGCUCUAAGUGCAAAACAGUCUAAAGAAAAAAGCCCUGAGAUGCAGGACAGGCAGAUAGGUGCUAAUCCACAAGUCCCUGGAAGAGGACUUUUAGGCCUCUUGAGUGCCAAUGUAGAAACUGAAGAAGACAAAGAAAAAACUAGUAAUGUUUUGGAAACCGAAAGGAAAAAUGAAACUGAGGGCAACGGGGUGGGCUCGCUAGGCAAGGAACCUGGGGUUCUGGUGGUAGAGAAAGAAGACAGCCCUCCUGCACAGGACAAAGCACAGAGACCAUCUGAAGGAAGUGACGUUCCUGACAAGGGAAAAGAUCAGGCUCCAGAGCUGGGUGAAGUAUUUCAGAGUAAAGAUCCUGGCCAUCUUAAAGAAGACAAUGCUGAGGAGCACCUGAAGGCCUCAGGGUUCGUGGAGGAGCCUGGAGUAGAGCUCUCAGAAGCAGACCAGGAGGGCAAAGAGAAGUUCAUGGACACACAGAGCCCCGGGGCUGCUUCCGAGGAACAUGCAGGUGAUCUGCUCCACUGGUCUGCGUAUAUGACUGCAAAGCCAGGGCUCAGUGCCCCCAGGGAGGAUCUGCCCAUAAUAAGCAGCUUCUUUAAAGAACAGCAGUCUUGGCAGCGGUUCCAGAAGUACUUUGAUGUCUACGAGCUGGAAGCCAUGUUCCAGGACAUGUCACAAAAGCUGAAGUCAGCCCAGCAGGAGAGCCUGCCCUAUAACGUGGAGAAAGUCCUGGACAAGGUCUUCCGUGUGUCUGAGGCACAGAUUUUGAGCGUCGCAGAGAAGAUGCUAGAUACUCGUGCAACCGAACACAGGGAUUUGGGGAUGAAGGAAAAAAACAUAUUGGAAGAGGCUGCAGUACUGGAAGAUGUUCAAGACCUGAUCUAUUUUGUCCGGUACACAUAUUCCACAGGGGAGGAGACUGGGCCACCGGCAGCGACACAGCUUCCUGAGGAUGGCUGGGGGGGCCCAGCGGAAGAGAUACAGCCACUGCUGGAGGAUGAUUUUCCACAAGAGAACACAGAAGAUCUUAGAAUGCAGGUUCCUGAGGAGCCCAGCCACGUGGAUCAACCCAUGACUGGUAACACGGGUGUCUCAGAAGAGUCACAAAAGCCGGAUACUGAGAAAGAUGCACACCCAGGGAUAUUUGUAACAGAAAGCACUCCUGACAGUGCUGUUGAUGGAAAAAAGCAGCUAGAAGUACAUGCGGAAGAGCCAGCCAGUGUUACGCCUUUGGAAAAUGCAGUUCUCUUGAUAUACUCGUUCAUGUUUUAUUUAACUAAGACGCUACUUUCUACGUUGCCUACUGAUGUUCAGCCCGGGCCUGAUUUUUAUGGACUGCCUUGGAAGCCCGUACUUAUCACUGCCUUCUUGGGAAUUAUUUCAUUUGUCGUUUUCUUCUGGAGAACCAUCCUUGCUGUAAAGAGUCAUGUAUACCAAGUCACUGAACAGCAAAUUUCUGAGAAGUUGCAGAUGCUCAAGAAAGAAAAUGCAGACCUUGCACAAAAAUUGUCAAAUUAUGAACAGAAGAUCAAGGAAUCAAAGAAACAUGUUCAAGAAACCAAAAAAAAAAAUAUGAUUCUCUCUGAUGAAGCAGUGAAAUAUAAGGAUAAAAUCAAGGAACUGGAAGAAGUGAAGGAAAAUCUGAAUGAUACGGCUAACAACCUGCGUCUUAUGUUAGAAUCUGAGAGAGAACAGAAUGCCAAGAAUGAGGAUUUGAUAUUGGAAAACAAGAUCUCUUUAGAGAAGUUAAAGGAUGUUAUUGCAAUGAAUGCCUCAGAACUUUCAGAGGUUCAAAUUGCCCUUAAUGAAGCUAAACUCAGUGAAGAGAAGGUGAAGUGUGAAUGCCACCGGGUUCAAGAAGAAAACGCCAAACUUAAGAAGAAGAAAGACCAGUUGCAGCAGGAAAUCAAAGACUUGAAUAAAUCCCAUGCUGAGCUCAGUGAGCAAAUCAAAUCCUUUGAGAAGUCUCAGAAAGAUCUGGAAGUCUCUCUCACUCAAAAGGAUGAUAAUAUCAAUGCCCUGACGAAUUGCAUCACACAGUUGAAUCGGUUAGACUGUGAAGCUGAGUCUGAGCGGCAAAGAGGAAAUGAGUCAGAUGAAUUAGCUAACGGGGAAGUGGGAGGUGACCGAAGUGAGAGGGCAAAAAAUCAGAUCAAGCAGAUGAUGGACAUUUCUCGGACGCAGACUGAGAUAUCGGUAGUCGAAGAGGAUCUAAAACUUUUACAAGUUAAGCUGAGAGCCUCCAUGUCCACAAAAUGUAACCUGGAAGACCAAAUAAAGAAGUUGGAAGAUGACCGCCGGUCCCUGCAGUCCGCCAGAGCUGGACUAGAAGAAGAAAACAAGACCCUGAAGCAGAAAGUGGAGAUUCUGAAUGAACUCUAUCAGCAGAAGGAGAUGGCGCUGCAAAAGAAGCUGAGCCAGGAGGAGUUUGAGCGGCGAGAAAGAGAGCAGCGGCUGACGGCGGCCGACGAGAAGGCGGUGUCGGCGGCAGAGGAGAUAAAGACCUACAAGUGGAGAAUUGAAGAACUGGAGGGGGAGUUGCAGAAAACAGAGCGCUCCUUUAAAGACCAGAUUUCUGCUAAUGAGAAGAAAGCUCAUGAUAACUGGCUCAAAGCUCGUGCCGCAGAAAGAGCUAUGGCUGAAGAGAAGAGGGAAGCAGCGAACUUGAGACACAAAUUAUUAGAAUUAACCCAAAAGAUGGCAAUGCUGCAAGAACCUGUGAUUGUAAAACCAAUGCCAGGAAGACCCAAUGUACAAAACCCCCCACGAAGAGGUCCCCUGAGCCAGAACGGCUCUUUUGGCCCCUCGCCCGUGAGCGGUGGGGAGUGUUCCCCUCCACCCAGAGACCCGCCCGCGAGACCUCUCUCUGCUACGCUGAGCCGAAGAGAUGUGCCCAGAAGUGAAUUUGGUUCAGUGGACCGGCCUCUACCUGGUCUCCAGUCGUCUGAGGCACCUGGGAAACCCUCUGCCUCUGGGAGGGACCCGAAUCCAGGGGCUGGUGCAGCUGCCAUGAUGAACAGCAGCCCAAGAAGCUCUUCCCCUUCGAAGGUGGUGGAUGGGGGCAAGGUGAAUAUGGCUGCAGAAGGGCCCCCUCUUUUCCCAGGGGUGCCCCUCAUGAGCUCCUCCAUGGGAGGCCCCAUACCACCACCCAUCCGAUACGGACCACCUCCUCAACUCUGCGGGCCUUUCGGGCCUCGGCCAUUUCCUCCACCUUUCGGUCCUGGUUUGCGGCCACCUCUAGGCUUAAGGGAGUACGCACCAGGUGUUCCGCCUGGGAAACGGGAUGCGCCUUUCGACCCUCGAGGAUUUGUACCAGCACACCCCCACUUUAGACCUGUAGGCUCUCCUGGGCCUCGAGAGUACUUUAUUCCUGGCCCCCGACUACCACCCCCGGGCCAUGGCCCCCAGGAUUAUCCUUCACCUGCUGCAAGAGACUUACUGCCUUCUGGCUCCAGAGAGGAGCCCCCACCUGCCUCUCAGAGCGGCAGUCAGGACUCCUCCCAGCCCUUGAAACAGAGCCCAUAGCUCUGACCUCCGACGUGUAGUUGGAGAGGAAGCGGACUGUGCACUGCUCGUUACAGUCUUAAAUCCAAAAGUUGAAAUAAAGUUAGUUUUUAGAACUAAGCUGCCCUGGCAGUGUGCAUUUUUGAGCCAAACAAUAAAAAUAUACCAUUUCCCUCCCUUAAAUAAAAUCACCUCGUAAGCUAGAGCCUCCUUCCAACUUUGAAAUGUGCAAUAAAGAAUACCUGUGUUUUAGUUAAUGUAGCCUAUGUAACUGUUCAAUGAUUUAGAACGUCAUGAAAAAUACGAACAUUUCCUGUGGAAAUGCUAUGAGAACAUGUAUUUCCAUUUAUUACCCUGUUUUUAGUGGACACCAGUUGAAUGCAGAGCAACGGUGUUUAUAAGCUUGAAUUUUUAAAGUACCUGGUCGCAAGGACUGUUACGCUAAAAAUGUUUACUAAAAGAUCACUGAACUUUAUCUCCCCUCUUGCUGAAGUCAGUCUUUAUAGUAAAAGUUCAUUAAAAUUUGGUUAUUAAUGUUU